UCUAUUUCGGUUUUGAGUUUUGAGUCGCAAAGACGUAGUUGGUCACUGUGACUGGUAAAAGAAAUACCGUUUUAUAAAGAUAUUCAAAUACGAGCUUGUGUAGAUUUUAUUAAUCACCUUAGUAGUAAUAGUCUUAUAAUUAUUACUCAGAAAAGUUAAUUAAAUGUAGGUGUCUCUUUCAGUAUUUGUUGCGAUGACUUACUUACUAAUGUAAGUAAUGGGUAAGUUUUUCAUUGUAUUAUUAAUAUUAUUGUAUUGUAAUUAACAGUAAUUGUAAUGACAAUAAUGUUGUUUGUCAAGUCAAAAACCAAAUUAUGAUUAAUUAAUGAAUAAAAUGUCAAUCCAUUAUUAUUAUUAUUAGUCAUUGAAUUGUAUGUCAGGAGUCUUUGCCUGUAGUGACACUAUAGAGUCUGUGACUAAGACUAUGACUAUGAGUAAGACUGUGAUACAAAUACAAUAUAAUAUAGUGACUAAGUGACUAUUAUAGUUAUAGUGUAGGCGGAGGCCUAUGCCUAUAGCCUAUAUUAUUAUUAAUUGUCCAUAAUUAUAUACUUGGAGGCUGUAUAAUUAAGAAUAAGAGUUUACGGUUCUUAUUCUUAUUACUUAGAUUAGGCAAUCCUCCAAAGUCCGGUCCCAAAUUAUUGCGUAUGAAUCAUGAACAAAAUUGCAAUGCACAGUGUCUAUUGUUAGAAAACAGCAGAAAUGUCAAUCAUAGCUUUUGCAAAUAAAUGUCAGUUUACAAACCAGUCAGUAAAUACUAAAUAUUGUAUUUGUAAUUGGCACAUUACAUUUGCAAAUAGCAGCCGAAAACGUUCUGCUUGUUACUGUUGCGCCACUGAAGGCUCCAAGUAGCUGGCAAACAGACCGUGACUAGUACCACUCUGAUAGGGACUAGUACCACUCUGAUAGGGACUAGUACCACUCUGAUAGCGACUAGUACCACUCUGAUAGCGACUAGUACCACUCUGAUAGCGACUAGUACCACUCUGAUAGGGACUAGUACCACUCUGAUAGCGACUAGUACCACUCUGAUAGCGACUAGUACCACUCUGAUAGCGACUAGCACCACUCUGAUAGCGACUAGCACCACUCUGAUAGCGACUAGCACCACUCUGAUAGCGACUAGCACCACUCUGAUAGCGACUAGCACCACUCUGAUAGCGACUAGUACCACUCUGAAUACAGAGUUUACGUUUCGCUUGCACCCAAAGUCCUUCAGUAGUUUCUGUGUGAAUGUCCUGGUCUACUGGAUCAACAAAUUCACGCGCAUGCACAAUGACAGCGUGAGCAUAAAUCCUGUUGUUGAGCUGACCGACAUUUUGAUAUCCUCGCCCGUCGCUCAUCGUCCGUGACGAUAGUUGUCCCUGGUAACACAUGAUUAGUGAAAAUGCGCUCGAGUGUUUGUGAAUCUCGACGGCCGGCAACCUCCAUCCAACAUCGUCCACUACCGCAAACAUGAAUUUCAAAACAGAAUGAUGCCCAAGACUUUUAAGUAAGGAGUAAUCAUUGGAAAUAAUUUGGGACCGGACUUCGGAGGAUUGCCGUGCCCUUAGAUUAACUAUAAUGAUAAUCUAGUCUAUAGUUACUUUUAUUAGUUUAGUAUUCAUUAUUUAUUAGUUAUUAAUAUUAGUAGGACUAAGACUCUUAGUAAGAGUAAGAGUCUUCAAGACAAUUAAAGUAAGUUUUAUUAAGCCUGCUUAGUCUUUUACUUUUAGAGAUGAAAGAUAUAGGCAUAUAAAUAUAGGCCUAUUUUGAGAACUACGUUUUGAUCAGAAAUUUCAAACACUGCAAGUUUUAAAUUUCCAUUUGUUUUGUCUUGUCUAGUCUGCUGAAGAAGAAGGUGUUUGAGUGAAACGUCCUUGUAAUUGCCCUGUAUUUUUUUUCAAGCAUAAACAUAUCUUAAUCUUGUUCCACUAUUUAUUUACUUUGCAUGACUUGAAUGCAGACCCUCAUAUAUUAUAUUAGUUAGUGAGUUGGGUAUGUAACUAACUUAGGCCAUGUUAUUACCUAACUGUAUUUGAAUGAAAUAUUAAGACUAAGUUUGAGUCUUUAACUUAAGUAAAUAGGGUCAGUUAAGGACAAUUUCACUACUACAGUGUCAGUGAGGGUAGGUGUCUCUAGCUGGUGCAACUUUUAAAAUAAUAAUUGUAGGCUAAAGAAAAGACUUUUAGGUGUCGGUUAAAGUUUAAGUAAAGUCAUAACACAAACUCAAAGUGAACGAAUGAAUUUGAAUAUAAUAACUUAAAAUAACACUUCAGUUUAUUUUGGAAAGUCAAGUAUCUGACUCAAAUUCUGAUUCUUAAUAAUUUAUUGCUGUAGUGUUGCAAGGCUUAAUGAACUUUAUAAUUUAUAUUUGAAAAAGGUAGGCAAAUAAUAUGAAUUACUAUGUUUAGUAUUUUACUAGGCUAUAAUAUCAUAAAUUGUAAUAUAAUGGUUUCAAUUGAAUCAAUUUGAUUGAUCAGUCUUGGACAAUUUUAGAAUACCGGUACUUAUAAAUUGACUUAACAUUUGACUAUUAUUAUUAGACUAUCUUGUGCAUUUUUUACUCAUAAUGCUAAAUGUCAUUAAUGGUUUUCUACCUUACUGUAUCUUUUUAGGAACUUAGGUCAUUCCUUCAAUUAAUGGAAGCAAUGUUGAUAACAAUACCAUGGAUUUAUCCAGUUUCUUUUCAAAAUUGACAAAGCAGACAUCAUUUCAUCAGAAAUGUUCACAUUUUGAAGAAAGAGAAAUUUUCCUGGCCGAGCCAUCAUUUAGAAAUACCAUAGAUCAAGAAGGUGAAGGAUAUGUGUUAGUUGACUAUUCAAGUAAUAAUAUGGGGAGUGGAAUUUCAUACAGUGAUCAGUCAAGGGAGAACAGCAACAGUGAUAAGGUAAUUUUUAGGGGUGUGCCGGAUCCGUUUUUUCCAACCGGAUCCGGAUUUUCUUAUGCGAAAUCCGCCGGAUCCGGAUUCCGGUUUCUCCCGGAUUCCGGAUUUUGGUACUAUUGGUAGAUACUUCGGUAAGUCAAGGUGGACUACUACUUUUUGUGUAUGGGAAUUCGCAAUCGGCGCCAAAAAAUCCGAGUUUUUAAUUUUCCGAUGUGUGUGUCUAUUUAUUAUUAAAUUAGUACUUUCGAUAUAUAUUUGAGUUCCGUUCCAUUUGGAUAAGUGUCUUACGAGAGACGCCAUGUUUCUACGCGUUCGCAGCAGGUUAUGCAGCUCGCUCAACCUAAUUUCGCCAUGGGGUUGGCCACGCCCCCCUUUUUAAUGGCGGAAGUUGACGAUACUUAGGAAAUAUUAAUUUAUUAUCACUAUUUACAUCAAAAUAAUUGAUAACUUGUGUUUCAGAAUGCAUUUAAAGACAUUUAAACUGGAAUGUUUUAAUUUGAGCUUUAACAACCCGGUAGAAUCCAUAUUAUAAAUGAUCAGAAUUUACCGUGUGCAACACGUUGUCAUUGGCAACCAUUCACAGCCACUUGCAUAACUGUAUCGUAGUACUACCUCAGAGUUUCAUUCAUAAGAGUUUGCCGUGUGCAAAAACUAUUAAACCAUUGGUCAGGGAAAGCUUUAAUUAAUUAUUCAUGUGCCAAAGUUGAAAGUUUAAACUAAGUCUAAACAGUAUUUUAGUGAUAAGGCAGGGAAUGCGUUGCCUUAUAUAAACUAUAUAGUCAUUGCGCAUGACGGGAUUGGUGGAAUGAGAUCACAGAAUGUGGAGAUGCAGUCCAUGUUAAAAAAUGACAAACCAAGUCGUACUUUAAAAAUUCAUAACUUUAAAACUACAACAGCUAAAAAUAUGAUUUUGGUGUUAUAAUUCUUUAAAAAAUUACAUCUUUUCAACUAUGCCAUUGGUUUAUUUUUACAAAAAGUUUAAAUUUUCUUAUCAAAGUCCCUACACUAUUGGCCACUAUUAGCGGUGCUGACUCUAGCCUCUGGUAUGUGCGGAAUAUUAAACAUUAAACAAGCUCAACGCUCGAAACAAUCGAUUAAUGUAUCGUGAUCGUGUGAAAUUCGGGAAAGAGAAUUACUUUUAUUUCAGAUUAUGAUCCGGUGAGUCACAAAAACUGGCAAAUUCCGGAAUCCGGUUGUUCCGGAUACAUGUAAAUCCGGCGGAACCGGAUUUCACCGGAUAGUGCAAAAUCCGGCGGAACCGGAUUCCGGACCGGGGUCCGGCACACCCCUAGUAAUUUUGGCCAUAUCAAAAUUUUAGAAUACAAUUUUGUUCACAUUUUGUCUUCAAUUGGAAUCACCUAUCAUUAAAUUAAAAAUUCAAAUGUUUAGUUCAUAUUGUGUAUCUCUUUGCCUUUUUUUAGUUAGUGUCCCAAGGCGAAAAAUAUAAAUUCUUAUUUAGAACUAUGCGUUUUAUUACUAACAUAACUUAUUUUAAAAUAAUGGGAUAGCAAAUUUCUGGAAUAUUUUUUUUAGUUUGAAGUUUGUUAUUGAUAAUUUAGUAUAUACCUCAUUUCAGACUUGGGUUUAAAAUAAAAGUAAUUUAAACAUGAGCAUUGAUAAAAUAAGUUUGUUCAACAUUGAAAUAAAAAUUUGGAGGAUUGGUUUAGCUUUAAUAAGUUUGAAAAGUUUUUUUUUUAAAAUGCUUAACAUUUUUUAGUACAGCAGCAAAUGUCUGCUGGUUAAAGUGAAUGGCACAAAUGGGUCACAAUUUAGAGAAAACAGUUCUAACUUGAUAUUUUCACAAAAAAUAUUAAGUUAAAAAUAAUAUUUUCCCACAGUUUUAUUUUCAGCAAUUAAAAGAAGUAAAUUAAAUAUAUCACCCCGCUUAUUGAAUACUCUUCAUUUUAAAUUUAUUUUAAUUUUAAGUCUGAUAAAAAUAUUAGUUUUUCAUUACUUUGAUUUUUAAAAAGCUUAAAGCUCCUAUUUAUUAUUUAUUAUAAGUGCCAUGAAAUUUUAAAAUGUUCUCCUUUUUUUUCAUUACAAAACCCAGCAAUUUGAUCAUCCACCGUCAUAUUCAAAUGACAUGGUGUCAGAGCAGCUUCCUUCUGCUAAAGAUGAGCCACCACCAGCCUCAACUAGUCAAAUAGGGCAUUAUCACAAUACAGCUGUAAGUGAUGUCCCUUUUCAGCUCCACAGUUCAUUGCUAACCCAACAGCAAGCUAGUACAUUAUUUGUGGGUCUGGACUUAAAACUUAAGGAAUUUGAUUGGUCGAGAUACACUCAUGACUUCUCUUGUGAACUUAACCAUUAAGAAGGCUAUUUCUUAAAAAUAACAGAAUACUGUUGUCUACUUUUCAUUUAAUGGUGAGAUGUGGCCACUUCAGCUAAAUGCUGAGCCAACAGUUUAAUGUUGAGAGGUUUCGAAUAGCAAAACACAAAAUUAAUAGCUUGUUUCUUUUCACACCACAAGUCAGUUAUCAAGGAAUUCUUAUCAUAGUUUACUUUAACUUUCAAUUCAUCCAUUUCUAAAUCACUUAUAAACUAUCAGCAUCAACACAUAAUUUUCAUUCGGUUGUAAUACAUGCCAAUAUUUAGAGCCUUAUAAAGAGACUAUUGUGUAUAUUCGCCGCCUUUAUCUCUUUAGAAUUCCACUAAUCAGUACAGAAAAAUGACAAGGUGGGGACACCAAUAGCAAAGCAAAACCAAAUCUAUUACAAAAAUGAAGCUAGGAUCAUGACAUGCUGGAAUAAUUUAUUGAAUAAGAACGCACACUCUUAAUAAUAUUAAUAUUUAAAAUAUAAGACAUGUUUCAAACUUCCAUUUUAUAUAUUUAACAAUGAAGGGUGUAUAUAAUGAGAUGUUUAAGUUUUGUUUAAACAAACUUGCAAGACACCUCAAAACAGACAUAAUUAGGAGAUCUCUAGAGAAACCUACAGUACAGAGCUUUAAAACAGAACAUAACUCUUUAACUACUUGCCAUAAAGUUUUAUGUAGUGCCAAUUUUUCUUAAUUUAUCACUCUAUGAAAUGCUGAUUAUCAGGACUGUGAUAAUUGUAUUAUUUAGGUCAGAUGAAUGUUAAUCAUUUCUUGCUACCUGGACUUUUGAUUUGAAA